UCUAAAUCUAUACUAAUACCCUCUCAAUCAAGAGCAAGAACAGGAAGAAAGAAGGACAAGAAAGACAAGGGAUUUACUUUCUUUCUUUCUUCUUUGUUUUUCUCUCCUCUCUUUUUCCUUCCUUUCUCUCACCUUGGGAGAGGAGAGAACUCGCAAAGAAAUAUAAAAAAGGCAACCACAUUAAUCGAAUAAGUACACAAUUACAAUUAAAGAUUUGCUUAAAGACAACACACCUAUUACGCAAUCGAAAUACACUAUCAUUCAUCAUUUUUGGCUCUAUUUAAACCUCUCUCUCCCCGCUAUACAAACCCACAUAAGCUGAGCAUCAAAGCACACUACACACCCACAAAGCGAAGAGUUUUCAGGGUAUAUAUAGUGGUGAAGGAUAUCCAGAAUGAUCAGCAACGGAGAAGCUGCAAUGGAGGCCGCGCUAACUGUUCAGAAAGCCACCAGCCAAGGCCUCAAGAAGGGCCCAUGGACCGCCGCAGAGGAUGCGAUCUUGAUAGAGUACGUGAAGAAACAUGGAGAAGGGAACUGGAAUUCUGUGCAAAAGAAUUCUGGACUGAUGAGGUGUGGUAAGAGUUGUAGGCUCAGAUGGGCAAACCAUUUGAGACCUAAUCUCAAGAAAGGCUCCUUUACUCCGGAGGAGGAGAGGAUCAUCAUCGAGCUUCACGCCAAGCUUGGUAACAAAUGGGCUCGCAUGGCCUCUCAGUUACCUGGCAGAACAGACAAUGAAAUCAAGAAUUUCUGGAACACCAGAAUGAAGAGACGCCAGAGGGCUGGUUUGCCUGUUUACCCUCAAGAAUACCAAGAAGAAACCACUGCAUUUCGCAUGCAACACCAUCACCAACACCAAGAGGAACAAAAGCACCCCAACAAUAACCCAUCCUCUUCUUCAUUCUCUUCCCUUCUGUCCUCAUCUCGAAAGGCUUCGUAUAAUCCCUCUCUUACCCUCCUUGACCCAAUUAAUUUUUCGCCAGCAUUAGAUCCUUUGCACAAUAAUCUCACUCCGUUUUACUCCAACCCGGCUCUCCAAUUCAAGUCAUUUCCUGAUAACAAUACCAACAACAGUGGUUUAGCUUUGCCUAUGUCUCCAUAUGGGCGAUUGCCUUCUUCUAUAACUGUGUUUAAUCAAACCUUUCCAGCCCAAGCAAUCUCAAUGACACCACCAUCCCUUCAUUACAAUACCGCAGAUUUUGAAACUAACAUGAGUUUUACUUCAUUGAUAAUGGGAGCUCAGGUUGAACCAGUUGACCCUAUUCCUGGUUUGAAGUCUAAGCUCUCUUCGGGCCAAACGCCACCGCGUCCGAACACUCCCUUCUCAUCCAAUACUAGAGGUGGCAUUUGUGUUCGAGAGGAAUCAAGUAAGAACACUGACAAUGACAGUGAAACGGCCGUGCCAGAGAUGAUGCACGACAAUAGUAAUAGUGGUUUGUUGGAUGCUUUGUUGCUGGAAUCGCAGAAUCUGUCUCGCAAAGAAAAAUUGAUCGGUGAGAACUCGGUAGCAUCUGAUCAUAAAGGGAAACGAGUGGUGGAUGAGCCUACGGAGGAAGAAGAGAAGAUGGAGAAGGAAGCCGCCAAGCGUGUUAAACUUUCGUCAAUAAAUGGUGGUGAGGCCUCUGGUGAAAACAACUGCUGUGAUGAUUUGAGCUCUUCUCAAUCAUCAAUUGGGAUGAAACCAAGUGAGGAACCAAUGGAUGAAAUGAAUUCCAUGGAUGAUGAUUUGUUGAGCUUGCUUGAUAACUUUCCAACGUCAACGCCACUCCCAGAAUGGUAUCGGAGUACAAAUAUGGCCAAUGGAUUUUCAUCCAGCCCAGCAGGUGAAGGUAGAAGAAUUGAAGUUGAGCAAGAAGCAUCACUAGCCAGAGGCACAACCGCAGAUGAGACACCAAACGUUGAGUGGGCCUUUGGAUCCUCAUAUUGGAAUAACAUGCCAGGCAUUUGCUGAGAAGUUGCUCACAAAAAGCUGCAUAUCCUUCAAAGUGACUUUAUUUCAAAUGUUCAAGGAAGGAAAAGGAAAAUGAUCAAAUAGCUAGAGAAAUAUGAUGCUUUUAUGUGGUUUUAUCGUUUAGCUAGAGAGUUAGGUUGUUUUAGGGUUUUUUAUGUUCCUAGCCUUAAUGUUGUAAUUAGUGUUCGUUUCUUGCCGUUUGUAUUCAUCUAGAUAUGUAGAUAAACAAAAACAAUCACCUUAUGUCUCAGUGUGUCUUUGCAUAUAUCAUGG